AUGCCCCCAACCCGCCUCUUCCCAAGGCCCUCAAGCCUGCGCGCAAUCCACAAAGCACAGCAGGCCGAGUUCGAGCGCCUCCAGCGCGCCGUGGCAGACCGCCUCGCCGACCCCACGCCGCUGCCGCACGAGCAGCAACAGCAGCAGCAACAAUACCCUUCCGUCUCGCCCGCCUCGAACCCCCGGCACACCACCACCCCCGACGGCGCCACGGCCGCUGCCACAUCAACACCACCACCACCACCACCACAGGCCGACGAGACCACCCCCGGCGGCGUGUGGCGCGGCGCCCCGCCCGAGUUCGACGGCGACAAGAACCCCAGGACGGGCGAGGUCGGCGGGCCCAAGACCGAGCCGCUGAGGUGGGGCAGCGCCGGCGACUGGAGCUACAACGGCCGCGUGACUGACUUCUGA